ACAACCGUAUACAAAUAUUUGCACUGAUUUUUGCAUAAAAAAGCAGCGUAUUCUUUGUUUCUUGCUUAUUCUCUAUUUGAUUUUGAUCGAAGAGUACAAUCAUCAUAUAACAAAAAUGGCUUUGCUCAAGCUGUCUUUAGUGUGCAUUUUGUUGGCAUUGUUUUUGUCUUUUACCUUGGCAAAUCCAUUUGGCGGUAGACGUGGAUAUGGUUAUGGACCAGGGUAUGGUUAUGGAUCUGGAUAUGGCUAUGGAUCCGUAUAUGGCUAUGGACCUGGUUACGGUUAUAGACCAAGUUACGGUUAUGGCCAUUAUGGAUAUGGAAACGGAUUUGGAAAAGGUUAUGGUUACAAUAAUAUAUACUCAGGAUAUGGUGGCUAUGGUUAUAGAGGUCGAUUCUUUUAAUUCGACAUUUAAUUAUUCAAAAUUAAAAUAAAAUCACUUAGCUAGCUAUAAUUUUCAUUUACUCAUAAUUUAUGAUUGUUAUUACAUAAGGAGAAUAUUAUUUUUUUUAUUUUUACAUUCAAAAGACAAUACGAUUUUUUUUUAUAUUCUAUAUGUAUAAAAAAAUAAAAAUUAUUUUUCUAUAAAUAAAUAUUACGAUUGACAUUA